AUUUUCUCCUACAUAGGCAGGUCGUGGUUAUUUUGGGGGUAUAAUUGUAUAAUCAGAUUUUUGGGAUAUAAGGAUGUAAAACAAUUUGUCUAAACAAAGUCUGUUUUAAUGUGUUUUUUAACACAAAUAUUUUUAUAUCGAUUGCAAAUCAGACUUAUACUUUGUACUUCCAUUAUGAUCAGUAUUCUUUUUUGACAUUCUUCUGGAUACGUUUAAUAGUUUUCUUCAUUGCUAGAUUUGCAUGUAACAAUAUGGAACAGAGUGGCAGCUCCAACAGGGAGAAAUCUUAUAUAGAAGCAUAUUUUGAGGAAAGGUGGUAUUUGAAGGAAGAGGGAAAUAAGUUCCUAUUAUUGCAUAACAUUUAUGUGCAUGGAAUUUAAGACUUGAGUUCACACUUCCAUUAAAAGUACAUUUCCUGUGUGUGUGUGUGUGUGUGUGUGUGUGUGUGUGUGUGUGAGAGAGAGAGAGAGAGAGAGAGAGAGAGAGAGAGAGAGAGUUUUCUCAUUUUAUUAUGUAAUGAAAAUGAGGGGAAAGUGAUUAUCUCAUUAGGGGGUAUAGGCGAGAUUGGUUAAUAUUCUUAAAUUACAAAGUUUUUUACUCUUCAGUAGAUUUGUCAAAAUAUAGUGAUCAUUGUUGAAGACUUUGAUUUUUCACAAUGAUGACAGUGUUAAAGGAUUUAAUCUAAAACUUAGAAUUUAAAAAUAGUUUUUGGACCAGUAUUUUCUAGCUGAUCUAUCAUUAUAACUGACAUUAUUUGCUUCUGUCUCAUUUAAUGCCCUCCCAUAUCAGAAUCACACUUGGGGCUUUCCUAGGGCAUAUAUAAUCUUUGACUUCUAACUUAAGUCCUGUCAAAGAGGCAAGUUAUUUUGCUAAGGUUUGUUUCUAAUAAUGUUAUUCUCUUUUAAUUUCACUAAAUUAUUGUAUCUUCAUGUACUCUCUUCUGAGGUAUAAUCUUCCUACCAUCUCCACAAAUAAUUCCUCAUUCUUCAGUACCAGUUUUUACCAAUGGCUGUGGAACUCACUCUCUUUGCUUGUCUUCAUGUCAGAUUUGGACUGAGCAACAAAUUUGAAUCAGAAUUCCCUUCUUCGUUAACUGGAAAAGUAGCUCCUGAAGAAUUUAAAGCCAGCAUCAACAGAGUUAACAGUUGUCUUAAGAAGAACCUUCCUGUUAAUGUACGUUGGCUCCUUUGUGGCUGCCUUUGUUGCUGCUGCACAUUAGGUUGCAGUAUGUGGCCAGUUAUUUGCCUCAGUAAAAGAACACGAAGAUCGAUUGAGAAGUUAUUAGAAUGGGAAAACAAUAGGUUAUACCACAAGCUGUGCUUGCACUGGAGACUGAGCAAAAGGAAAUGUGAAACGAAUAACAUGAUGGAAUAUGUCAUCCUCAUAGAAUUUUUACCAAAGACACCGAUUUUUCGACCAGAUUAGCAUUCACUUUAUUUAUAGAGACUUUCCAAGUAUGUUGUCUUUCCAAUGGUGCCUUGCUUGGUGCUCUCCUGGUGGUGACAUAACAUUGGUUCUACAGAAUCGUGUGGUGUUUGUUUUUUUUUUUUUUUUUUUUUUUUUCUGUUUUUGUUUUUUUAAAUAACCGCAUGUUCUAAGUGUGCAUUUUUGUCAAACUUUGCAACAGUUAUUUCAUACAGAUGUUUAAUACUUAAGUUAUUGUGCUCUUUUCUGUUAUGUAUUCUGAUUUUCAAGGAUUACUUUUUUGUAUUAUCGAAAAAAUACAUUUGAACUUAGCAUAAAAAGUGGCCAGCCUUUUUUAUUUUAUCACCAAGGUACACACACAGUCCUCUAUUUAUUAAUUCCAUAAUAUAGAAGAACACUUUUGUAAGCCUCUACUUAUCUAUUCCAAGCACACUCUUUGUAUUAUUUUUCUUCCUUUUAAAAUUUAAAAUAGUUAUUAUUUUAAAAUAGUAAGUUUUCUUUAAUAGCUUUUUGGAAUCUAACAUAUCCUUUUCCAUACAAUUCCUAAUGCUCUGUUUACAGCAGAAAUAUCUGUUACGUUAUGAAGACCUAUCAACAAAUUUUGAAAGUGUUUCUGUCUUCAGAGGUAGUAAGGCAGUAUUAAAUUAUUUUUAAUAGAAUAGACAAAUAAUGAAUGGUAUGCAUGCACCUAAUGGUUACUAGAGCUCAGGAUCACAAAAUAUAGUAGCAUUACAAUCUGUGUAUAUUUUUGAUCAAGAUGAUAAUAAUGGCCUUACUUGUGUUAUUUUUUAUUGUUUGUCAAAUCUUCUAUAGAAAAGUAUGGAAAUACUCCUUUUAAAAAUUUCUAAGGAAAAUACUUCUCCCAAUCUAACAUAAUUGUAGAAUGGAUAUAUGUUUCUGAAAAGUUUUUGGAAGAAAGCAGAAGUUCUAGAAUUAAAAGUAAGCUGGUGUUUAAAUACCCCAUUGAUACUUAGAACAGAUUACUAUUGCUAAGAAACGGAUGACGUAUUUAGUACUGUUUCUAUCCACUAGUUUGCUUUCAGUCCAGUUAAUGUAUACUUUUUUGACUGAGAAUGCGACAUGUAAGUUUGAAUCAGAUUAACAUAUUUCUUCUAAAUAUAUACAAAUAUACAUAUCCCCCCCCCCUUUUGGUUGUACAUAUCUCCAUGCAUUUUAAAACUUUCUAAAUUUCUGAAUGGCCUCUGUGUAAAUUUUUGUUUUUAUAAACCUGAAAUUAUACAAGUUUUAAUGUGUGUCAAGAACUUGUUCCAUUCAACUGUGGUAUCUAGCAAUAAUGUGAAUAACUUUUGAAAUUAUAUAAACUAUGCUUACUAAUUUGUAUUAAGAAUUGGUACCACUAUACAGUAUCUUUUCUCCUUGUAUUAAAUCUUUUAAAUACCAGUUUCUUUAAUUUAUAUACCUGUAUUUUUUAAAAGUAUUUCUCUGUACUUCUCCAGAGUACUGUAAUUGUAUAUAAAUUUGAAUAGUUGGAGUCUAGAAUCUUAUAUCCUAUAUCCUAUAUUGGACAUUAGGAACUAUCUUAAAAACUAGGGUGUUGUUUUUGUUUUUUGUCUGAGAAUGAUUUGUUUCCAUUGCCCCCCAAAACACUUUUCCUACGAAGAGUUCGAGUACAAAGAUUCAAACACUUCUUUCUCGCUUUAUUGACUUUAUGUCCAGGGCAUGUCCUACCACGUUAAAGUAGUGGAACUAAAAGGGAAUGCUACUCAAAAACUAGUAUUGCUGUAUGGUUUCAGUGUGAAAAAGUAUUAAGUGGAGAAGGCUGACUCUGCCUCAGGAUUCAGAAAGAACAGAAAAAUACAUGUGUAGACACUGCAACACGUCUACAUAUUUUAGGUAUUCCGUAUCAAAAAUUUUGUAAAUUUGUAGAGUACCAUAUUGAUCAGCUUUAUAGGAAGAACUAUACCUAUUUAGACAUAAUUUUUUUCUCCUGUUAUUAGUCUUCUGGAAAUUAUAAUUUUAAAAUUAUUCCCAUGAGAAUAUUUUAACAGUAAGAUAAUACUCAUAGUUGACAAUAUUUAGGAAUAGGAUUUUUUCAAGCUUUUCUGAUUUUGAGAAGUAUGUCAGUUGCUUUAAGUUCCCUAGAAAUAUGCACUCUCAUAUUUUCAAUGUGUGUGUAGAAAAGAACGAUGAAUGAUUAAUAUGUGGCAUCACCAUUAACCAGUUAUACCUUGAGCAGUUCCAUUUCCCCAUUCGGCUUUUCGUUAUUAGCUCCCGCGGAGCCCUCUGGCUUAUCUUUUCUUGAUUCAUGAAUCUAAGGGCCCAUGUUACUAGAAGCUGAAAUGUCAGAGAUGCAUAUGUUGUGUGAACAUUAGUCCAAAGGAAAUAUUUAAAAUGGUAAUUGUUCUUCAGUUCCUAUUUUCUGACUUAAAGUUCCUGAGACAUAAACUAUAUAGGUACUUUUUAAGUUGGCCAAGAAAAGGUAUUAUUGGCAGAAAAUCUAAUGUGUAGACUUUACAUAGGCUAAGUGAAUAACUGUGAUCCUUGUUUAUGUAUGAUUGGCAUUUUACAGGUAGUCCAUCAUUCUUGUGUAGAAACAUUUACUUUGCAAAGCUUAUUAUAUUUUAAUACAUGACUACAAUAUAACUGGGUUAAAACGUAUACUCUAAAACCUAAUGACUAUAGUAAAAGUCAAGUGACACAGUUAGCUUCUAAGGCAGAUACUGGCCCCAUUCACAAGAGGGUCACCUUACCUAUGGCAAAUGGUCGUCAGAUGCUUUAUUAAGACUCUUCAAUGACUAGGUUCCAUUCAUUUGAAAUUCAAACAAACAAUUUGGGCCAAAAAUCAAGAAGUGUUCAAACCUUUAAUAGUAAGCAAUGAUUCCCUUUUCUUACUAGAAAAAGUACUUUUAUAAUUGAACAGUUUUAGAGCAGGAAGAACUACAAAUUUCUCCAUGGUUGUGUUCUCAAUGUUAUUUGCAGACGACUUCUGAUUGCUUCUUUAUACUAGUAGACACAGGCAAACUGUGUAAAACUUUGACAACAUUCCAUAUCCAUCUUUGGUUAUAAAAGAAUGAUAUUAAUAGUGACAGGUACAGCUGGAUUCACAGUUGCAUGUGUUCAAACUACAGUAGUCUUACAUGACAUUAUGUACAUAGACUGUUUCCGCUUGUAUGGUAUUCUGCUUUACGGUUACAACCUUGAGCUGCAUGCCUGAUUUUCACUGUAAAUACUUGCUUUGGCUCGGCUGUUGGUCAGUAGUACUAAAUCAGAAGUACAACCUGUUUAAAAAACUGUCUUUGACUGAAUUCCAGCAUCUAGUCCUGGACCCUGUUUCCUUGUCUUGUCCUAUCCUACUGAAGUACCGUGGGUCCUUUUGCUGCCCUCUCGACGUCCAGAUGUCCAUGGACAGAGUUCACCAUGCCUCUGUCUUCCUUCCCCAGUACAAAUGGUAAUUCUUUUGCGUUCUUGGCUAGGUGUUUAGAAGGCCAAUUAAAUUGAGUUAGUCACAUUAAGUGAUUAAUGGCUGACUCUCUCAAUUCUGCUAAGAUGGUACUUGAAUUUAAAAAAUUUCCUGACUUAAGUUUCCCAUUGUUGCAGUGGUACAAUUGGUAUUUUCCUUUUCAUCAGACUAUCAGUCCAGACUCUGCAAGGAUGGUUGCAAGUGGGGCUUCUCAAACCACCAUUCCUGAAGAAAGCUGAUUUAUUCAUAGAGUAUUAGAAAGAAGAGGCUCAAGGCCAAUCCUUUGUUUUUAUAUAUAUAUAUAUAUAUAUUUUUAAUGUUUACUUUUGAGAGACAGAGCGGGUGUGGGGGAGGGGCAGAGAGAGGGAGAUCUAGAAUCUGAAA